GAGCGGCAGAGAACGGGGUCUGUGGAGGCUUCAAAAUGGAGAAAAAACAGAGUUAGGCGCCCAACUCAUCAAACGUGCUAGUAUCAGUUGGGAGAUUAAGGAAUUUGUCACAAGAACAUUUUAGGCAGUCCGUACGCUCUAGUAUCUCAACAGUAUGCCCGAACAAGUAAAAUGUGGCGUGAUCUUACAGGCUCUUGACCAGUGGGUGGCGGUAGUUACCGAAAAGCAUUAGAGAGGACGAGGAAGAAGAAGAUGGCGUUAUUUUCAAAGCUCGUUAACGGCUGUUGUCCUGGUGCUUGUGUGUGUACGCUUUUAAACGGCACCGUUUAUUAGCUGAUGUUGCUGAGUUUUUAGGCAGCAACCUUGUUAAAGAGCUUGAUUUUUACACACAAGCGACCAUUAUGCCGAAGGUUGUUUUUUUUUUUCAGUUAACCGCUGUCUUACUUUUUAUGGUGUCGAACUUUUAAACAAAUUUUCGCGGAGAACAUAAAAUUGACAACAUUAUGGACAACCUGGACUUCUCAGAAGAAGAAAUUCAACAGCAACUGGCUAUACUUGGCUAUAAGACCAUACCAAAACACAGGCUGCUGGAGUUUAAGCAAGAUCUUGAUGAACUGAUACGCCAUGGGCAGUGGAAAAACCUGGCCUCUCCCACACCUAUAAGCAUACAUGCUCAGGCAGCAGCAUCUCUGUCAAGUCUUCCUGCUUAUACUAAAGAAAAAGUCAACCUGUCAUACAAUUACAAAUCAGGGGAUGGAUUUUUUCUACAUGAAGAAAAAACGGGCCGUGACUCAACGCUGUCCAAUACACCGAAGAGCGAACACAGUGGAUGGUCACUUAGCUGUGGCGACUCGUACGCUGCACUGUCUGUGGGUCCAAGGCUGCAUUUCUCAGCUGAUGCUCCUAACAGGCUACAGGAGGAGCCAGAUACCGAAGACACCCUGGACUCUCUGCUGUCUGACAGCUACACUUCCUGUUCAGACCACCAGCAGAGGCGAUUAAUAAAGAGAAAGGUUUUAAGAAAACGAAAAGGAAAGUCUUUCAUCUGUUCUGAAUCGAUUUACACAGAUGACUCAGAUGUUUCGAGCUGCUUAGAAGAGCGAAUGGCUGAACUUGAUCUAAUCUCAGAUCGGAAAGAUUACGAUGCAGAUGAGAACGACUCCCAGGGUUCAGAGAGCGAAGCUGUUGACUUCACUGCCUUAAAAUCGUAUAUUGACGUCGUGACUCAAAGUGAUCGUGAAGUACGGCCCAAACCAAAAUCCUUCAUCCGCCCGGUGAUGUGCCAAAGAGCCUUUAAGAAGAAUGAUCCAGUGACUAGGUAUUUCCAGUACAAGGAGAUGUGGGACGCGUUCCAGGUGCCUGGAGACAACGUCAGGAAAGCUCUCCGAUGGGAGAUUAAGGAAAAACUUUCAUACCAGCCUCUCCCGGUGUAUUUUAAAUCUUCUAGGAUGACAGAUUUAACACAAUGUUGCUUGUUUUGAUGCAGUCAAGUAUUUUACAGAUAAACAUACAAAAGAGAAAUGUAGGACAAAACUGUUUUAUUCACCAAAAUAAAGAAGUUUAUCAACAAAUGAGAGUUGACUGCAACAAAAUCACGUUCUAGUGUUAAGCUGGUGCAUCAGAAAGAUUUUUGUUUGAAUUUUUAUUGUUUUUGCUUUUUUUUUUAAUGUGUAGCAGUAGUAGCAGCUGCUUACAGGGAUUUAUGAUUUAUGAAUGCACUGUCAGAUCUGGACCAGAAGAGGGCAGCAUAGCCUCUGCUGAUUGCAUAAUAACCAGUUUUGCUUCUGGGCAGAAAUGCCAGGAGUUAAAACUUUUUAGCUGAGUCAUAUUCCUCCUCAUUCAGAGGAAGGAAAUGCACAGAGACACGUACAACUCUGCUUUAUGGAUUAAAAAAAUGAUAAUAAUGUGAUCAUGGAGAAAUAAAUUUAGAAUUUAAUUUUACAAUUAUGUGAAAACUUGAAUAUAUUUAGUCAAAAAGCCAUAAAUUUGCAUCAAUUUAUGAUGAAACCAUAGUUUCUUUGAUAUUGAAAAGUCAGAAAUUUGUAAGAAAACAAUCAGCAAAACAGUCCCAUAACAUGAUGGUGCCACUUCCAUACUUCAGUUUGGAUGGUUAAAAGCUUCCUCAAUUUUCCUCCAAUUGUAAAAAUGGUCAUUAUGUCCAAACAUUUCCACUUUAGCUUCAUCAGGCCACAACACAUGUCUCCAAAAAUGAAGAUUUUUAAAAUGGCUUCUUAUUCUCUGAGCAGCAUUUCAGCCCAUGUUGGUACAGGACACAUUUCACUGAAUAUUGAUGCGAUGAUGACCAGCUUUAUCAGAAUCUUCACAUUGUAUCUAGCUUUUGUUUUGGGGCUAAUCUGCAGAUUUUGGACCAAAACCUUUAAUCGCUGGACACAGAACCCGUUUCCUUUCCAAAAGGCCUGAUAAUUGGACGUUCCCAUCAUGUCUAUACUUGUGCAUAAUUCCUUGAAACAGAUGAACGCAGCACCUUCACAGAGUGAUCCAGACUCUUCCUGAUGUCUCAGCUGAUUUGUUUUGACUUUCUAAUCAUGUCAAACCAGAAAGCAGUUUGUUUCAGGUGUGGCCUUAAAAUACAUCCACAGGUGUGCCUCCAAUUAACUCAAACAUGUCUCCAAAGUCUGGACAAUCACAAACCAUUGUUUAAAGAGAUUGCAAAACCUCUGACUUUAAAGACAUUAAUAGAUAAAUCUGACAUAUUUUCUCAUUAUUGUAGCAUUUAUCACAUGUAAAUAAUCCUGGUAAUUCUGACCAACCUAAAAAAAGAAGUUUGAUCUAAUUUAACUUCAGACAGUGAGGUAAAAAAAAAUCUGAACUACAUUUCUAAGAGCUGAUGUAGCGUCGCUGGGAAUGUGUUAAGUAAUAUGAGAUCUCGCGUUUAAACAAUGCGUCACCUCCCACUUCCUGCUCUUAAUUGAACACCUUGUUCUGGAAGAAACGAUCAAAGCAUCCUGCCCAGGUGUGACGAGGAGGGCGCUCUAAUCUGCUGUCUUUAUUGUGUUUGAGCAGAAGCCCCGAAGGGUUUAUGUUCCCAACACCUACAUGGUGCCGACGCAGAAGAAACGCUCCGAGCUUCGCUGGACGAUCAGGAACGAUCUGGCAAACCGUCGCCUCCCACAAAAGUUUAAUUCUCAGUUUUAAGCUGCACAAUUUUCAAAACUGUUUUUGUACUUUUUACAAGUAUAAUUAUUUAUUGUGACAUUCAGAAUAAACAAAUAAAAACA